AGCUGUGGUAGAAGUUACAGAACUUAGAGCUGUGGUAGAAGUUACAGAACUUAGAGCUGUGGUAGAAGUUACAGAACUUAGAGCUGUGGUAGAAGUUACAGAACUUAGAGCUGUGGUAGAACUUACAGAACUUAGAGCUGUGUUUUUGCUACAUUCUUCGGAUAAGAAGAAAGAGUGCACCAUAGAGUGCAGCAGAGCUAAUCCCAUACUCGUCUGCGCUACUGAUGGACGUACUUACCGGUCUCUCUGUGAGAUAGAGCGUGCAAAGUGUGAGGGUCAUCCUAUUGAGGUGAAGCAUCAUGGAAAGUGUCCUGCUUCUGCACGUUGUUUAGCUCAAAGAAACAUGGCUGAGGCUAAACAUGGGCUAGAUCAAGCCGAUGUCUUUAAACCCAGGUGUAAAGAGGACGGGUCUUUCAUGGAAGUCCAGUGUCACGAGUCGUCCGGCUACUGUUGGUGUGUGGACGAACAUGGGAAACCUCUCACAGGAUCGUCGGUCAAAUACGGACAACCCAAGUGUAACAGAUUCGGUAAGCGUGUUAAUCGUCGGCAGCCGUCUCGAAGAGGAAGGCAAAGAAAAGGUAAAAAUGAAUAG